AUGGCUCUGCGGUGUGUGGCGCUCUGUGCACUCAGCAGCCGGGGCCAUGUGCAGACAGUGCCAGUGGUAUUUGAUGACGUCGCGGUCUAUUUCUCCCGGGAGGAGUGGGACAUGUUUGCGGAGUGGCAGAAGGAGCUGUACCGGGAGGUGAUGACGGAGAACUAUGAAAUGCUGCUUUCUUUGGGUUACCCGGGCCCCAAGCCUGACCUCUUAUAUCGGCUGGAGCGUGGGGAAGAGCCGUGGGUCCACACCCCGCAGGGCCCCGUGGCGUGGGAGAGCCCCUCUCCGGAGGAGGAGGAGCAGUGCUGUGAGCCGUGGGUCAGCCCCCAGCAGGACUCCCUGGUGUGGGAGCCUCCGGAGAGUCCCUGCCAAGGCGGCGAUGUCCUGAGUGGGCCCGGGGAGCAGCAGCGCCGGUUAUGGGCCAGCAUCCUCCAGUGCGCCGUGGCAGGGGAGAGACCCGAGAGCAUCGGCCGAGCAGAUGGCAGGGCCAGGAGCAGUUCUGAGGAGCAGCAUCCGGACGACGGGGCUGAGACCCUGCAGCCCUACAGGGUGUUACUCUGGGGAUCAGAAGAGGGAGCUGUCCUGAGCCCUGAACUGCAAGAGACCUCCCGGAGCUCGCGUGGGUCUCAGAGACCGGAGAGAGAGCAGCGUUCCCAAGAAGGAGAAACCCCACAAGUGCCCGGAGUGCGGGAAAGGCUUCCGGAGGAAGUGGGACCUGACCAAGCACCAGAGACCCCACUCGGGGCGCCCUACCCCUGCCGGACUGCAGCAAGAGCUUCAGCCACGUCUCCAACCUCAUCAAGCACCAGCGCAUCCACACCGGGAGCGGCCGCCGCCUGCAACCUCUGCGGGCGCAGCUUCACCCUGAAGCAGGUGCUGGUCGGCACCAGCGCAUCCACACGGGCGGCGGCCCUUCGCCUGCACCGACUGCGACAAGAGCUUCAGGACAAGCAGAAGCUGACCAUCCACCAGCGCAUCCACGGGCGGCGGCCCUACGUCUGUGCCGACUGCGGCAAGAGCUUUGGGCAGAGCCAGCGGCUCAAGGCGCACCGCGCAUCCACACGGGAGAAGCCCUACCUCUGCAGCGACUGCGGCCGGGCCUUCAGCCAGGUCUCCAAUCUGUACACGCACUGGCGCACCCACACGGGCGAGCGCCCCUACCCCUGCACCUACUGCGGCAAGAGCUUCAGCCUGAAGCACGACCUCACCAAGCACCAGCCCGGUGCACACGGCAGCGCCCCUACCCUGCACGGACUGCGACAAGAGCUUCAGCCAGAAGCAGGACCUCACCAAGCACCAGCCCGGGUGCACACGGCGGCGCCCUACCCCUGUGCCCAGUGCGGCAAGAGCUUCAGCAACGUGUCCAACCUCCUUGCCCACCAACGGACCCACCUGGGGCAGCGGCUCCCAGCGGCCGGCCGGGCCCAGCCCGGCCAGGAAUGA